UGUCGAAGAGACUCGCAAAGCUGAAUGAGUUUCCGCAGACCACGGGCAGCUUUCAGAUGGCUAAUCGUAAGAUCAUUGUUUCAUUCGAUACUAUUGGAAAGAAGGGGUAUACUAUGUCAUGUGAGCCCCAAUCUCAGCGCCAAGGGCAAUAGGAGACAAUAUUUGUUGCCGUUCUUGGCGGACGUACGUAGACUGAGACUACCAAGUAAGAGCAGUAGCCCCAUCUGGAAAGUACAGUCAAACAGCAUGAACAAAGCUAGCCCAAGUAUGAUGAACUGCUUGCUGACAGAUUGUAGACUUCUGUGCCAGGGUCCACAUUGGAAAGGGUUUUCUGUAAGUAUUAAACGAAUCGUCUCAAGGUUUGCGGCUAGAUUUCAUUCUUGCAAUUUGCUGCGGAGCUCAACUAUCACUGAAGUUUACAUUGCGGUUCGAGGGCCUUCCCCACGAUCCUUGGCGGCGAUGCGCACACAGUGUAUCAUAGGCCAGUCGAUGAGGUACUCUUGCUACUCAGGGCUGGUCGGGACAGACGUAUGGGAAGCAGCCACCUUCGAAGCAAUUGAGACGAGCACGGCCUUGGCGAUAUCAAUCCCCGUAAGGACGCGACUGGCAAGGCUAACGAGGACGAGGUGGCUAGCGAUGAUGAAGAUAAAGGCUCGGGGCCCGACCUCGGCGUUUGCUAACUUGAUUGAAACCGCCUUGACUUUAAAAGGCGAUUUAUUAAUCAGUUGGAACGAUAGAGUGGCGCAACCUGCAGUCUGCGUUGACUUGGUAACACUGACCGCCUUACUCGAGGUUUGCUUGGCCUCGAUAGUUUCAAUGGGGUCUCAAAGGUCCGUUGUAGGUUGGAUCGUCAGACAGGAACCCUUUCAACGAGCCCAGCUGCGGGAAGUUCUAUUCAUCGGUUGUGUAUUCUCGUGAAUUAUUCAGCGGGUGGUACGGAAGGAUGGAGAAUUGGUGUGGUCCUGAUACGGUUAGCUAUGUAGAAUGUCAGUGACCCCGUCAGUGCAUCCUGG